AUGGCUGUCGAUAUCUCUGUUGGUCUCGUGACCGACGACACCAUCCCCUCUCGUCCUGUCAAACCUAGACACAACUCGCAGCCGUUCCUGACGCUCGAGAAUUCGGCCCACUAUCAGCCCGUCAACCCUGCCGAUAUCAAGCCUUUUGCCGGCGAACGCACACUUGCGUCUUCAACCUCGAUCAAGAAGGGCAAGAAGCUGCCCACAAGCGCCGAACGCCGUGCUACUCACAAUGCGACCGAGCGUGCGCGUCGUGAAUCGCUCAACUCGCGCUUCCUGCAAUUGGCUGGCUCACUUCCUACUAUGGCUCGAGUGAAGCGACCCUCCAAAUCGAUCAUUGUCAGCAAAUCGCUCGAAUUCAUCAACAAUGUCCGUUCACGCGAACGAUAUCUACUUGCACGCAACGCCAACCUUCGCGAACAAGUCGAUUCGCUCCGUGAACAGCUUGGACUGGAGAAGCUUCCGCCUGCUGACGAAGAAGACACACGCAUGGACUCAAUGCCCGAGGGCUUUGUCGAGGGCCGCUUCGGCGUUGGCAAUUAUGACAUGAACGGAGACAAUGACGACGAAGAAGAGGACGACACGGCCAGCGUAACCGUCAAGCCAGUCAUGCACCACUCCCGCGCUCAGUCUUUGCAAGCCGAAUCUGGCGCCUCGCAGAACGCUCAGCGUCUGCAAAAUGUCGGCACGACCCUGGUCGACCUUGGCGCGAUGCAACAGCAGCAGAUCCAAGCGCAAGUGCAAGCUAUCGCGCAGCAGCAAGCCUACUACAAUGCUGUCAGCCUACAGCACCCAGGCGUGUUUCAAGAACAGCAGAUGCACGCUAAUGGCGCGUUUGCUUAUCCUGCCCUCGCCAUGCAACAACAUCAACAUAAUCAGCGCAAUCUGGCCAUCUUUCUGCAGCAACAACAGCAGCAGGAGCUAGCUCGCCAACAACAUGAGCAGCACAACAAUCACCUCGCACGCCAAGCGGCAGCGCCUACGCCCUUUGCUCCGUCGGAAGACGAGCGCGCCUCGGUAGAUCCAUCGCAAGACUCGUACACUGAUUCACCCUCGUCGCCCUUUGAGAGCAUCAUGGGCUCGCAUUCGAGCGAACUCGAAUACGACUCAUCUUCGCUCGAGUCAUCGCUGCGUCGUGCGUCAGAGGCAUCCUCUGCCAGCAGUGUUCACAGCCUGCCUGUUGACUUGACGCCCGCUAACAACUGUCUGCCUUUCGGACUUGACGCUUUGGACGUCCCAGCAUACAAUACAAACUGCUCGCGAGAACCUUUCAACAAUGCUGGCUUCAAUGGCUUCUCCUUCCCGACCCAAGCCUUUGCUGCCUAUUAA